AUGCGCGUAAAGGUGGACGGUGACCUGACUGAUGACGCUUUUUCCGUGGUAACCGGGCUCAAGCAGGGAGACGCCCUGUCACCCACGCUGUUCAAUCUGGUGUUGGAGUAUGUCAUCCUAAAAGUGUUAACACAUGAUGGCGGAGUACAACUGGAUGGACAGCACAAGGUGAUCGGGUACCCCGACGUCUUAGCUCUGUUGGGGGAGAGUGAACGCGAGGUCCAAGAAGCUACCAAAAUACUCGAAGAGGAAGCUCACAGGGUCGGGAUGAGAAUCAGCACAGAAAAGACCGAAUACCUCCACAUGACACGACACCGAGGCAACCAUGAGGUAAGGAAGCUGGCAUUCCGAACUAGAGGCCGCUCAGCGCAGUCCCUCGAUGCGGGUGGUCCACGGGGGGACCUAGUCGGUCCACGGGGGGACCUAGUCGGUCCACGGGUGGACCUGGCCGGUCCGCGGGUGGACCCCGGCGGUCCCCGCACGGACCCUGGUGGCGGCGGCGACGGACGCUUGUUCCUGCAGAUCAGACCAGCUUUGGCCGACCCUAGGGCGCUGGCUCACCGCUCACAUACAACUCUAUUGGGAACUGAAUUUGCUAACAAAGAAGAUGGUAAAGGAGAGGAAAGUGUGAACUUAGAAGCUGUAGGAGAAGGAAAAGUACAACUGGCACGGACUCCUCAGGAGAAAGAUCGUUUACCAGACCGAAUCAGCUUGGACAGGAGAGGCUUGUCAUCAAUACCGCACAUUGUAGGGGAACCAGGAUUAAGGCUGUUGUCCCUUCAGCAUAAUCUGAUCAACAGUCUGACAGGGCUGGCCCCACUAGACUUGGGGAAACUGGUGUUCCUCGACGUAUAUGACAAUCAAAUUGAUAAAAUCACAUCCCUGGAAAGACUGUUCAGUCUGAGGGUUCUUCUUAUGGGAAAAAAUAGAAUCAGGAGGAUAGAAGGUCUCACCAACUUGAUAAAGCUAGAAGUACUGGAUCUCCAUGGCAACAGGAUAACAAAAGUUGGAAAUUUAUCCAACUUGGCCGAUUUAAAAGUACUUAACUUGGCUGGGAAUCAAAUCAAAUCGAUAGGGCCCUCUGAUCUACAAGGUCUUAUAUCCUUGAGGGAGCUCAACCUCAAGAGGAAUCGUAUGCGGAAGUUGCUGGGGUUUCAACAUACACCUAAGUUGCAGAAGCUGUAUCUAGGAAACAAUGAUUUGCAAAGUGUAGAGGACAUGUCGAGUCUGGCGGAAGCGACAAGUCUGAUCGAAGUGUCGCUAGACGGGAAUCCGGUGGCGCUGGGGGGCGACUGCACGCCAUUCCUUGUGUCAUACCUGCCCAACCUGCUGACCUUGACCAACAUGCAUGUCACGGAACAAGUUCGUCGAGCUGCUAUGGCCUGGCGAGCGAACAAGGAGGCAGCACAUGCGGCAUACUGUGCCCUCGGAGGUACGGCCCAGCAGGCCGCCCGGCGCGACCAGAUCAUCCACAACGCACGCACUAACUGGGAACUCCUGAGGUCAGAGAACAAAUGCUUUGCCGCCCCCGCCAGUGAAACCAAGAACGUUGACCUAGACAAGGAUUUCGCGAUCGAAGCAGCUGCAACUAUCGGGGCAACAGGAAAUUCACAAAACUUAGAGCUAGCUGCUCUACCUGACGUUGUGAUUUCAUUACAACAUGGCGAUAUAACGGAAGAUUCUGAUGGAAGAAAUAAUAAUAGUGAUGCAAAGACUUCUUAUUCCGAACCAAUCACAAAGUCACCAAUGCGGAAACUGCAAAGAAGCAACACGGCGAAGAAACCUUCAGAAAGACGUGUCAACUUUUCAGAACGCAGCGCGUCUCAAGAUACUGACGCAUCAACUUCUACAAGUAGUGAAUUAAAACUCCCUCCAAUAUUGAUACCUAUAAUUUCAUCGCUAGAAAACGUCAAGCUAUCUGAUGGUAGUGAACCAGUUCUCAAAAGAUGGGAAAGUAUCUCAAGCGUGGAGCCAAUAGUCGAUUCUUCCUUUAGCUCAUUGCCAACUACAUCCAGUGACAGUGAAGAUGACGGAACCAAGCGACAACUUCGACGAGUCCCUACAACCCUGAGAAAACGGACCAAUUUCGGCUCCAUGCGAUCCAAAUCGGUGUGUGAUCCUGAGAGCCGUAGAUCCAAAACUAAAAACUUCGACACCAGUGAAAAUGCUAGUAACAUAUCCAGCAGCACCAAUGUAGGAUCAGUGGCGAAUUCUUCAACGUCUGGAAGUGACCAGAACAGUAAAAUACUGAGAAGGGAGGGUUCCCUCAAUAGUCGAACAAGCAACAGAAAUAUUAGAAGUGCCACAAUAUCUCGUAGACACGAGAGGUCAGCAUCGGUCAGCCGAGCGUCUACAGCUCGAGUCAAGUCAGGAAAAAGUCUCGCCAACUUGAAAUCUUCAGAACCUGUGCCAAAACCUGUGCCGGUUUCUAAGGAUAGAGAACAGGGUGUAGACUACUUGGUGGAGGUAUGCGACGGAGUGGUAAGCGCCUGGGGGGCUGGAGCCGUCCGUCGUUUCGCUCGCGAGUGGGAGUGGGAGAAGGCGCGAACUGUCACUAAAGCAGCGUUCCACUAUGUCCACUUCAACGCUGUCGCUCAAUCGCUACCCGAACUCAAGAACAAAUUCCCGAACGUCACGCACAUUUCGGUGCGCGCUACCGGUCUGCAGUGGUUGGGUCAACUGCAUGCACUGUCAGAACUCCGUGGCCUUACGGGUCUGUCCAUUAUGCCGGAGGGCAACCCGAUACACGGGAAGAUAUGGAGAGAGUACGCCGUGUACAGGCUCGCUCACUGGGGCCUGAAAGAGAUCAAUGAUGAACCGGUAACCGACGAAGAGAUCAGGUCAGCCAACGAGACAUACAGCGGUCUCAGUGACAUGGUGCUCCGCGCCAUCCCCGACGCCCCACUCCAGCCGCUGCUGACGAGGCUCGGGCGCAGCGGCGGCGGCGCCACUAGCGCUAAGGACUGGCUGCGGGCGGCUGAUCCAGCCUUGAGAGAUGUCAUAGCUAAGGAAGCCUUGCAGUACAAGAAGGGGCAUGUUUCGCAGGAGGACAUGAGUUGGCGCGUGCGCGGGCGCUCCCAGCUCACCCAUGCCAUCGAGUUGGCAUGCGGCGCGGCGCAGCGUCUGCGGGCACUGGAGCUGGAGUGGCCGGCUUUACUGGUGCAGCUGAUAGAAGACGCACUGAGAGACUUCGCACACAUGGAGACGCAUGUUAAGGACCAGAUGAGGAUGCUCAUGGAUACUUUGUGAAGAAUGGGGGAAUAAAUGGUGCUUGGUGAGGCGCGGAUGGGAUGUGUCAAAAUCAGGAUACGCCAUUGGUCCGCACUAAGCCUGGAGCGAUUGGUCGAUUGCGGCAAGAGCACGCUCCGAAUCCACUCUCAUCUAUUUUGAAUGCGUGUUGCAAUUAUGCUAGAGGAUUCCUUGUGGAUGGGCUGGUUAUUUGGUUGGAUGCCUAACAAGUUAAUUUAAGCUUAUUUAUGUAGUUAGUACUAAAGUAGGUAGGUACUACAUACUUAUCUCUAUUGCAGACUGUACGUUUAGAUUCGUAUUGUACCUAUUGUAGCUCAAAUGCACUGAGUAUACUUAUACUUAUAAUAAUAUAUAUAGAUAAUAUGGUAAUAAUAAAUCAAUGACUGAUACAGGUACAGCAUUGCUCAAAUCAUAAGAAUUUAACUUUUAUAGAUUUUGGUGUAAUAAAAUGAAACAAGUUUUAUUAGGUUCGGUAGGUACUUAUAGUCACCAUUACUACCAUAGACAAAUCAUUUUUUUGUCAUUUCUAGCUCUCCUAUAUGGUAAUGUAGGUAGUAGGUAAAUAGGUAAGCAACAUUGUAGAAAUAAUCUAUCAUAGAUAGUUCAUAGCCGGUAUGUAAUAAGUAGAUAAUAGUAGUAGUAUUGUUUGAAGAGUUAUUUCUCAUGCCUAUUAGUCAUCUUGCAGAUAGACUUACGGCCAGUUUUUUGAUCCCUAGUUAACUCAACCAUUGGUCAAAAAUGGCU